AUUGUUUUGGUUCUUCAUUACCACCUGUGUGAUACACAUAUCGCAACAAUCCUGAGUGGAAAUGAUUUUUGUGGACGUUUAAAAAUGAGCGUGCCACAUACUGUCUCACUCGAGCUCCUCCCCACGUGUCUGUGGAGCUGACUCAACGUUACCUUCAGUAGGGUAGCACUACACUAACUUCUGAUUGAGUUCUGCUACUCUGGACAUCUCAUGUACGGAUGACACGGUUUAUGUUGAGCGGCGAAGUGCGCAGUUUGGAUCCCUGAGAUCAUCUGCCACUCCUCUCUCAUCACAUAUUUCUGUUUUUCACUCUGAUUACAUCAAUAUGGCCAGUGGUGAUGAAGAUGACCCCAUUAUAGAGGAGAUCGAUGUGUACCAUGCCAAAAGCCUUGCAGAUAAACUCUAUCUUCUCCAGUACCCUGUCCGACCAUCCACUAUGACCUAUGGUGACGUCAAUCACCUGGCGGCUAAGAUCAAACCCAAACAGCAGAGGCUGGAGCUGGAGGUGGCCAUUAACACCACCAGUCCAAACUACUGUCGCAGUAAAGGAGAGCAGAUUGCUCUGAAUGUGGACGGCACGUCUUACGAUGAAACCAACACCUACUCGGCAAAAAUGAUGGACAAACAGACAUUUUCCUCCAUCCAGGCCACCACCAACACCUCUAGAUAUGCAGCUGCUGUGUUCCGCAAAGGCGAGCUUCAUGUCACCCCUCUGACUGGAAUCCUGCAGAUGAGACCCAGCUUCUCGUAUUUGGACAAAGCCGACAACAAAACCAGAGAGCGUGAGGCGGCCAACGAAGGUGGAGAUUCCUCCCAGGAUGAAACCGAAGAGGAAGCCAAAGCAAUUACAGUGAGGUUUGCUCGUCCUGAGUCAGAGCAGGCCCGGCAAAGGAGAAUCCAGUCGUACGAGUUUCUGCAGAAGAAGCAGGCCGAGGAACCCUGGAUCCAUUUAAAGUAUCACAGUGCCAAGGACGGGCGCUCAGACCACGAAAAGCAGUACCUGUUCUGUCAGUCAGUGGAUGCUUCUCAGAACUGUGAGCUCGUCAAAACUCCAAAGGAGUACUUGGACAUGCUGAUGCCCCCCCUCACAGAGGAGAAACUUGCGACGCCUGUUGGUCCCAGUAAUGUGCUCUCUAUGGCUCAGCUGCGCACUCUGCCUCUGGGAGAACAAGUCAAGACGCUGAUGAAGAACGUGAAAGUGAUGCCGUUUGCCAACCUUAUGGGUCUACUGGCCUCUGGGAUCGAUCAGACCUCAGUGCUGCGCUGCAUCCAGCAGGUGGCGCUGCUGGUUCAGGGUAACUGGGUUGUGAAGAGUGAUGUUCUGUAUCCGAAGAACACCUGCAGCGCUCACAGUGGUGUCCCUGCUGAAGUGCUCUGUCGUGGCAGAGACUUUGUGAUCUGGAGGUUCACACAGGAGCGCUCUGUGAUGAGAAAAGAGAUCACCUCUAUCAUCAAACUUCCUCCUGAGGAUGUGAAGGAGUUCCUGGAGCACAUUGCAGCUCCUCGGGUCAACCGGGGCUGGGAGUUCCUGCUGCCCACCGAUAUGGAUUUCAUUAAGAAGCACCCAGACAUCACCCACAGGCAGCACAUGCUGUGGCUCGGUAUCCAAAGCAAGUUAGAAAAAGUGUUUAACUUCUCCAAAGAAGAUUUUGUGCCAAAGAAUGCCCCUCAACAAGAGCCUGUCCACAUCAGCGGCGAUCAGCGCCUGAAGAUGGCUCAGGAGCGAGUGACGGAAAACAAAGUGUCUCUGCAACGUGACCUGGAUGGCAGACGUGCAGGAAGCAGCGUCCAGAUCAACCAGGAGCCCAGCAGGGCGGGUGAGCCUAUGGACACCUCAUCGUCCUCUGUCCCCAAUGGUUCUGUUAACGGUUACCCCAGUGCCACCUCCCCCAGCUUUGACCACGCUAAUGGAGGGAGCCCCUCCAACACACUGUCGCCAGAGCUGCAGGACUUUGUGACUCAAACUUUCCGGAAGCAUGUUGUGAUAACGCUGAGCGAGCUAAAGAGGUUGUUUAACCUCCAUCUGGCGUCCAUGCCAACAAGACAAAGUAUCUUCUGCUCCAUCUCGGACCACAUGCUGCAGGACGCCGUCCUGCUGUGUCAGUGCAAACAGAUAAUGGUGCCUUUUCCUGCUCAGAGCAAAGCAGCUCCUGAUGAACAGAAGGUCUUUGGCUUGUGGGAGACGGGAGACAGUUUUGACCAGCACCGUCGCCUGCUCUACGGCGUGUUCUCUAAGAACUACCGGGUCAGGAGGGCCACCAUUCAAGCCAAACUCACUCAGGAGCUCGGAGAUGUGUCUAAAGCCGAAAUUGACCGGCUACUCCAUGAGUGCUGCAGCAGCCACGCAGGAAUGUGGUACCUCAAAGGAACCAUCCAGUCCUGACCCUGAGAACCUGCCCCCCUUUUGGGCUCCAUCUGAUAAUCAAAUCAUGUCCGAGGGGAGGGCAGAGAGGGACAUAUGAACCAAUCACAGCCGCCGGUUCAGCUUCGAGAGCCAGUGAUUGGAGGACAGGGACGCUAGAUGCUGCUGCGCUGCUCAGAUGAAGCUUUUCUCAUUUUAAGGAGACACUUCUGACUGGGAGAACAAAGUCCCUCAAAGCUGAAAAGUCUGACAAGUGACUUUAAAGAGAUGAAGAAAUAGUAAAAUAAGUAUACAUUUACGGUUUCACGUUAGAAUUUUUUAUUUUGCAUUUACUAUCUAAUUAAGAACCUCAUAAUAGAUUCUUUAAAUUGGGAUUGAAAUCAGUUGAGACAGCUUUCAUUUGGUUUGGUUACAUUUUCAACGUGAUUUAUCUUUGUCUGAACUGACACGUGAAAGACAAACCGAAUGUCAUCAUGCCCGUUGUUCUAACAGCAAAGGUAGAAAAUGCAGUACAUUUUGAGAAUAAAAACUCAUGAGUCUUGAGAGUAAAGCAUCAAUUUAA